CGCCAACCUUUGAUUUAUAAAUAAAUUGGUCCAAAAGCCACGCUAAAAAAGCCAAUUACAAUAACAGCUAGCCUUCCAUAAAACGUAGCCAUCUUCGACUCUCCUCCUUCGUUGGUGAGUUAUUAUUCUUCUUCAUCUUCAUUUCCAUUCUCUCACACAUUACUCCAACGCUCUUUUGAGCUUCCUUAUUAGCACUCUUGCAAACUACUGCAAUGGCUUUUUCAGAUAACUCUGUCCGAAAAUCUUUGAUCCCUAGUUAUCUUUACACGGGACGUUCUUCUAAUCUCACUACUUUGGAUCAUCAUGACAAAAUGGAUAGCUCAUCUCAGCCGUCUGUUUUCCCGUCACCAUCAUCGACGAUGAGCAAGAAGCCUUUCUUGGUUGCGGCACCAAAGGAGGGUUCGGGUUCGGGUUCGGGUUCAGGGUAUAAGGUAGAAAUGUAUACACCGGCGUUCUACGCUGCCAGUACGGUCGGUGGUAUUCUCAGCUGUGGUCUUACCCACACCGCUGUCACCCCGCUCGAUCUUGUUAAGUGCAACAUGCAGAUUGAUCCUGCAAAGUACAAGAGCAUUUCUUCUGGUUUUGGAGUUCUGCUAAAGGAGCAGGGUAUUAGAGGUUUCUUUAGGGGUUGGGCACCAACUUUACUUGGUUACAGCGUACAAGGAGCAUGCAAAUAUGGAUUUUACGAAUAUUUCAAGAAGUAUUAUUCAGACCUUGCUGGCCCUGAGAAUGCUGUCAAGUACAAGACUUUGAUAUAUCUAGCUGGUUCUUUUUCUGCUGAAGUUAUUGCUGAUGUUGCACUCUGCCCUUUUGAGGCUGUCAAAGUUCGUGUCCAAACUCAGCCUGGUUUUGCCAGAGGCUUGUCUGAUGGACUUCCUAAAUUUGUCAAAGCUGAAGGCGCUGCUGGGCUUUAUAAGGGGAUUGUACCUCUCUGGGGACGACAGAUUCCAUACACCAUGAUGAAGUUUGCAUCAUUUGAAACCAUUGUGGAACAACUCUAUAAACAUGUCAUUCCAACACCAAAAGAGCAGUGCAGUAAUACUACGCAGCUUGGUGUAAGCUUUGCUGGUGGAUAUUUGGCUGGUAUUCUCUGCGCUGUUGUAUCACACCCUGCUGAUAACCUAGUUUCUUUCCUCAACAAUGCCAAGGGGGCAACUGUUGGCGAUGCUGUGAAUAAGCUAGGCCUAUGGGGUCUCUGUACUCGUGGUCUUCCCCUUCGUAUAUUCAUGAUUGGCACUCUCACUGGAGCACAAUGGGGAAUUUAUGAUUCUUUCAAAGUUUUUGUUGGGCUGCCAACGACCGGUGGUGCAGCUCCUCCUGCCCAGAAGUGAACUCAUGUGCACCUGAUAUCUUCUUGUUUUCCUCUAGUACUAGAAAGAAACUGGGAAUUCUUUCAAUUUAAAGUUUUUGACAUUUGAUAUAAGGUAGUAUUUAGUUUUGCAUUCUUUCAAGGUGUGCAUUUACAUCCCUAUGUUUUGGAGGAUACAUCAUCCUCGGCAUCAUUGGGCUUGAAGUACCACCUUAGUCUGUAACCACGAUUUUUGACUUCAAAUAAUGUCAAACUUAUAAUGAGAAUAUGUUGCUUCUCCACUUCAUAAUUA